UACCAACAAAUGGGUGAAGACAAAAACCUCAAAAAUACACGCUCUAUAAAAUAUCGUCGAUGGCAUUGUGAAACGUGUGAUAUAUUUACUAAUUCUCAUAAUCAGUUCAAUCAACAUCUGGAGGGAGUUGGGCAUCGGCAUAAAAUAAUGACAAAAAACAAUAGAACGACAAACAAUAUCAAGGUGGAUGAAGAGAAAUGCAACACUCAAUUUUACGUUUUAGCAUUUAUACAAGUGGUUAUAAUUUCGUUUACAAUAUUUUAUGCUAUUAUUAAAAUUUGUAAUCAUUAAAUAGGAGAUAAAAAUUAACAUAAGUAGUGGGUUUUAACGAUGCCUUAAAUUUCGCGCCACAAUUUUAAUUGGCGGAGAAGUCGUCCCCAAGCGUUCACGGCUUCUAUGCGCACGAACGAACGCGCAGAACAAUGAGGUAGCAGCCAUUUUAUGUCGGUGCCUAAGAAAAACAUAAUUCGAAUGGCCAAUCUUAACGAAAUUGUGUAAUUAGUGCUCUAAUUUAUGUGUUUCUGCACACGCAACUAUUAUUAGGUGUUUCUUUACUUAUCAGGUUGUGCUUGAUGAUGGGGGUGCAAGAAGCAGUUCGCCAUUAGUUUCCCGGCACACUGGGGCGUGGGCGUCGGGGGUGUGGCACGGGGCGUGGGGGUCCCCGUGCCACCCCCCGGCGACCUACUCGCCACGAUAUCCAUGUUCGAACAGCAGAUUAAGGCUGAGCCUAUGAGUUUCUACACACAUCCACAUAUAAAUACCGGUCCCCCAACAAUAGUCCGUUCAGAUUCAAACCAUGGGAUCAUAAAUAUGAACCAGCACCUUCCACAAGAAGAUUCCAAGGAUAGCCUCAUAGUACAACAACAAGUACAACACCAACAGGAGCUGCUGGAACAGCACCAACAACACGAAAUGCACGAUGAUGAGGUAGACAAUCUUAGCUUCAAGGGUAUGGAAGAUGAGGGGGUAGAGAUGGACAUGGAUGGUCGACAAUGUUCUCAGGGUAUGGGGGUUGACAUGGGUUCAGUUCAAACAAAAAUGGAAGUUUCAAAUGGCGGCCAAGGAAUGCCAAGGUCCAAACCUCAGGCCUGUAAGGUUUGUGGAAAGGUACUUUCAUCAGCUUCAUCCUACUAUGUCCACAUGAAGCUACAUUCAGGAAAUAAACCCUUCCAAUGCACGGUGUGCGACGCGGCGUUCUGUCGCAAGCCGUACCUGGAGGUGCACAUGCGCACGCACACCGGCGAGCGGCCCUUCCAGUGCGACCUCUGCCUCAAGCGCUUCACGCAAAAGUCCAGCCUCAACACGCACAAGCGCGUGCACACCGAUGAGCACAUGCGAGCCUUGAUGGUGAAGGACCGGCCCUACAAGUGUGAGCUCUGUCAGAUGCGCUUCACGCAGAGCUCCAGCCUCAACAGACACAAGAAAAUACAUACGGAGGAGCACAGACGAGCCCUGUUAGAGAAAGUGCGGCCGUACCAGUGCCACAUCUGUUUUAUGCGCUUCACUCAGAAGUCCAGCCUGGGCCGACACGGAAAAAUACACACCGAGGAGCACAUCCAAUCGCUGAUCAACAAAGUGCGCCCCUAUCAAUGCGACAUCUGUGACAAGCGGUUCACUCAGAAGUCCAGCCUUGGCACUCAUAAACGUAUACACACCGGCGAGCGGCCCUUCCAGUGCACCGUCUGCCUCAAGUCCUUCACGCAGAAGUGCGCGCUCAAUUUGCACGAAAAGAUACAUACGGGCGAGCGGCCCUAUCAGUGCGACGCGUGUCUCAAGCGCUUCACGCAGAAGUCGAGCCUCAAUAUACAUAAACGGACGCACACAGUCCAGGGCAGACCGUUCCAGUGCCUGUCGUGUCCCGCCGCCUUCACCUGCAAGCAAUACCUGGAGAUACACACGCGCACACACACCGGCGAGCGACCCUAUCAGUGCGACAUCUGCCUGAAGCGCUUCACGCAGAAGUCCAGUCUCAACAUCCACAAGCGGACGCACUCAGUGCAGGGCCGGCCGUUCCAGUGUCUGCAGUGCCCGGCCGCCUUCACUUGCAAGCAGUACCUCGAAAUCCACAAUCGCACGCACACCGGCGAGCGCCCCUACCAGUGCGACGUCUGCCUCAAGAGAUUCGCGCAAAAAUCUACACUCAACAUACACAAAAGAACGCACACAGUGCAAGGGCGGCCGUAUCAAUGCAUGGAGUGUCCGGCGGCGUUCACUUGCAAGCCGUACCUGGAAAUACACAUGCGCACGCACACUGGCGAGCGGCCCUUCGAGUGCGAUGUCUGUUACAAACGCUUCACGCAGAAAUCUACACUCAACAUUCACAAGCGCAUUCAUACCGGGGAACGUCCAUAUGCAUGUGAUAUUUGCCAAAAACGAUUUGCAGUGAAGAGUUACGUUACAGCACAUAGAUGGUCGCACGUGGCGGACAAGCCGCUGAACUGCGAGCGGUGCUCGAUGACGUUCACGUCGAAGUCGCAGUUCGCGCUGCACAUCCGCACGCACUCCAGCGGGCCGUGCUACGAGUGCAGCGUCUGCGGGCGCACCUUCGUCCGCGACAGCUACCUCAUACGACACCACAAUCGGGUGCAUCGCGAGAACCACAGCAACGUGUCUGCGAACAGUAUCGGCACUAUUAACAGCGUGGCCACUAACACGAACAACUCCAACAACGGGAACUACGACUCGCCCGGUGUCUGUGAUUUAAGUUUCGUGCCAAUGGUGAACCGUUACAUGACGUCUCAGGGCACCCAGGUGUCGAUGCAGGACACGCAGAGUAAAAUGUCCGCCAUGUCGCCACAGUCCAUCGCCUCAAUCUCGUCGCCGCCGCCGCCGCACACGCCCACGCCGCAGCCGCUGCCCGCGCUGCGCCUCGCCGACUGAUCCGCACUCCACACAAGUUUUGAUAGCUCUCGAUGGAUCGGCGAGCGGUUCGAGUGCAAUAACUAAAAAGGCAGCCGUCGGAAGCAGCUAAGAGAGAAUAAAACGAGAGCAAAAAUUGAAAGCCGAGGCUCCUGAAAAUGUCCAGCGUGGACUUAUACACAAAAACAGAUUGUUUAUUUUAUAUUAUUUAUUUAUCCGUUUAAUUUCGUCGGCCGUGACGCGUGCGAUAGGAAGAGAAACCCUCGGGCAGCAAUGGCAGCAGCAGCGGCAGCGAGCGGGACAUCACAGUGGAGUUGAGGAGUAGCAGUAGUCACGUAGCGGUACCGCCUUUCAUUGCAUUGUGAUUUAUACCCACGACUGUGAUUUAUCUCUACCAUCACACGAUUAUAUUAAUUCGUGGUGGCAAACAUAAAUCGAUACUUAACUCUCAUCGUUAUAGAUCGUAGGCCUAAAUUUAUGAUCUCAUAUUCUAAUUUGCUUAGUGAUAACUUUCGGAAUCGUAUAUGGUUAAUCUCCGACUUUGAAAUUCUAAAUUUUUAACGUUCACUCGCUCAUUAUCCGCGUCUUCAUUAGUCGUAGUGAAAGUAACAAUAUCUUAUUGCGAUGCUUUAACUUAGGAUGUGUCAGUGUAUAUGAAGUUCAAUAAUUUUAUAGAACUGUUACCGUGGACAUAUGAAGUAUUUUGAUCGGUAAGAAUUUAAGGGACUCUUUAGAUGAUACUUCUCCUAAUUAAUCCGUAAGAAUGCUUUAAUAAUGGUUCAGGUUUCAUACGAGAAUAAUAAUAUAUACAAGUACAAAAUAAAUCGAGUCGCAGAGUCCUCAGAGGCAAUAAUAAGGCUUCACAAAAUAAAUUUAAUAUGAUGUUUAUUGGAGUAAUCCAGAGAAGUGCCUGUUGCAACAUAAAAUUGGCAAUAUUUUUUAAUCGUAUUUCGUUCAUAAUAAAAAUAUGUUCGGUGUUCAAAAUGUGAUCGGUCGCCACAAGUCGAUCGCGUGUGGUCAUAUGGCAAUAAGUGGAACCUAAGGCAGUUGUAUUUCAUGUGCGGUUAGUUAUCGGUACAGAGCGUUUCAUUUGUGAAGCUUCUUACUAAAACUUUGUGUGCCUUCUAGCAGAUAGCGACGUUAGGCAAUAUCAAUCAUAACACCAUCGAUAACACUUCAUUUUGUUCACUUGUCUCGACUUUAUUCGCGAUGUGUUUGAUUUAAUUUCUCAUCUUAUUAUUACAAAACAUAGUUUUUCGUAUAGGAUACGUUUUAAAUCAUUUUAUGAAAAUAUGUUUGCUGAUGUUAAACAUUGUUCCAUUGCUAUUUUAUUCGAAUAAUAGUGAUAACAUAGAUAUAGCGCAGUAGUCUUCCAAUACCUUGAGACAAUGUUCUUUAGCACGGGGAGUGCAAGUAAUGUGUCCGCUGCGGGGGUUCCUUAUGGUUUGCCAUUAUUGAUAUCAAAGAUAGAUUGGUGCCAUUUCUAUGUAAAUGAUGUGGUAGCGUAAGUUUAGUUAAGUUUGCAGGUCAGGGUAGAUUGGAAAUAAAAUAUUGUAGUGAAUCACUUUCUUGUAGUAUUAUAUACCAACUUUUGUCUGAACCGCGAUUUUUACUUCUAACAAUGUAAUAUUGUUUUUGUUUUCUGUUUAUAUAUUUUUUUAUAUACAUUAUUUUAUUUCCACGACGUUGUGUGUCCAUGAGCUGAGGGUCGAAAUUGUAAAUAUUGGUAGGGUUUAUUUAUUCAAAUGGAGUAAUACGAUUCAAAAUUAAUGUAAGAACAUUAUAUGAUUUGUAGAAUCAUUUUUCUUCUACAAUCAUAGAGUAUAUCGAACUGAUGAUAAAAAAAAAUGAAAUUAAUCAUAGAAUAUUUAGCGCAGAAGUAUACUUUUGGGUAUUAAAAUCAAAAUUUCCUUGUAGAUAUAAAUAUUAAUAAUAAUAAUAUAUACAUAUGGAUGUUGUUUGAUAGUCCUCAAUAUUUUUUUAUAUUUUGAUAGUUCUGUAUUUGAGACACGAAAAAAUAGGCCAAUAAUUCUUUCAUCAUUUACAUAUAUACGAUAAAUAUGUAUGUAGAAGGUACUUUAAGAUAAAUUGACAUGACGGAUGCAUUUAGUUUCCCGGAAGAAAUGAAAAUAGAAACAAUUAUCAAAAUAUUUCUUGUCUUUAAUAAAUUCUUUUUUUUUAUAAGUUUCUUACCAAGCCAUUGAGAACAGUAUUAUUUAGAGAAACUAGAAGUUUGGUUUAACGUGUAGAAUAAAUCUUCAAUUACCAGGAUUUAAACACCAUUGAGACAAAAAUAACAUUAUUUACCAAUAGUUUGUAGCAACACUGUCAAAUACCACGUAAUUGGUUUUUAUCAAUGUUGGUACUGUAUAAUUCAUAGAUAUUAUGAAUGGAAAUAGAAACACCAACAUAGUAAACUAGGUACAUAUAAAGUAUAUAAAUAUAUGUUUAUCGCAUAUCGAAGGCUCGGGGAGAGUGAUUUUUCUUCGAGGAAUUAUAUAAUUAGUUAUAUAUUUUUUGUUGUUAUCUGUUCAGCCUUUAUGAUUGUUUUCCUUAUUAUAAAUUAUUAAUGCAUUGAUCUAUCGUUGCGUUAUUCUCACCGAGUCGAGAGAUAGGCAUAGAACUGUCCCUUUUCCGUUACGAAACGAGCUCCCCUUUUACAACCCGUAUUUACGUAUCGACUAGGGCCAGGCGCACGUUUCGUAAAUGAUCAGGGUCUAAAAUAAAAACAGAUAAGACGCAUAAAUUAGGUUGAGAUCCACUAAAUAGUUUUUAAGGCGAGUCCUAAGUGGGUUAAAAAUUUGUGUGUCUUCUCUGCCCAAACUAUUUUACAUACCGAUGUUAGUUACUAUGUAUACUUAGAGGGUAAUAUUAAACUAUGUAUUUGAUUACGUAACCGUCAGAGUGUUAUAAGUUAUAUUUCUCUUUCUCUACUUAUAUUUUUUGAACCGUAGAAAAGACUGAAUCACUAAAACGAUCCACAACUUUGAAACAUAAGAAUACUCACGUAAAUUGGCAAAACUUUAUUAGAUCGUAUAUUUAUUUUUGUUAAAACAUCGGAGCGGUUGUGGUGUUGGACCAACCAGUUCAUAUGUAAAAUUCAUAACUUCGGUUAAAGAAAGCGUACAUAUCCUUAUCCUGAAUAUAAAUGUAUAGUUGCGUUUUGGAAGCAGAGUACUAGUCCCGGCCGCGGUGGAGCGAACACGAACAGCAGUGAGCCUUGUGUAAUCGUUACGUCUAAGCUACAUAAAUAUAUUUUAGUUCUAUCGUAUCGUUAGAUUUACGCGUACUUCCGCUUUGCCAACAUAUUGCGUUGCUUACAUCAUAAUCAUACGAGAGUACAGCCUAAGGAUUUUAACUUUUUUUUUAUAUACUGAGAGCUAUUUCUAAGUCACUGUUUUUUUACAAUUUGUAGUUAUAUAUUAUUACUAACAAAAAUGGCUAAAAGCCAAACUUGGACACGUUUUGGAGUAUUUUACAUACUUUUAAUUUCGAUUUUUAUUAAAAGUCGAAGAACAAAAAUCAUGGCAUGAUUUUUUAUCUGCGGUCAUUUAGUUAUAGCUCUACAGAGUUUUAUUGACCAAUAUUUUUAACUACAACUGUUUUUCUUUUAUUGUUAAAAUUUUUAGGCUAGUUUAUAUUUUAUGAAAUAAGUUAGAUUCGUUAACUGUGGUGUAUUACAUUGCACGUGAAUAUGAUAUGACCUUUACAGCCUUCUUUGCAUAAACCAUUGUUUUAGUCUGAAUGUAUUGUGAUAAAUUAAUUAUUAUUAUUAGUUUAAUAAGCGGCUGGUAACACUUAAACUCCGAGUAGUGAUAAAAGCGAUUAUCCUAUCGGACAACUAGAUGUUGUUACUUUCUAUAUUUUAUAUUGUUAUUUUUUCCUAUUGAUGUAUACGUUUUUUUAGAUGAUUACAAAUUUUAUUCUAUGCGGACUGACUCUACACGCUACACUAUUAAUAGCUAUUUAGCUGAUUUGGGUGUUAUCAUCAACUUAAAUAUAAUUCUUAUUUUAUUUUAUCCUUAAAUAUUGUUUAUCGUUAAUAUUUUGAGAGUAUACAACUUUUCAACUAAGUAAAGAGGCUGUAAGGGAAAUUAUGUAGUCAGCAUUAUGUAUAUGCUUUAAUGUGAUUUUUUAAAUGUACUCUUUAUUAUAUAAUAGUAUCAUCAAUCAAUAUAAUUAGCGAACUAACAAAGCGAUUUUUAAUUUUUUUAAGUUCAUAGUGAUUUAUAUUGAGAUCAAAAUAAAUACAGAGUUUAUUUAAUUUUAUGGAAAAUAUACAUUGUAAAAUUUUAGUGCUCUUUUUGAAGAGCUCUAUUAAAAAGAAAUCUAUAUGAAUGCAAAAUAACAAGUCACGAUUCUUUUAGAGGUCGCCAUGUAGUCGAGAAAAAUAAACGUGCCAUGAUAUUUGUGGCUAA